GAAGGGAAAACCCGCGUCCAGAGGGUUUUCUAUGGAUCGUUUUGUUGCUGUUCUCCUUUUCAUCAUGCUGCAUUUCGCGUAUGGAGACGUGAGCUACUCCGUCGCAGAGGAGAUGAAACGCAUGUCUGUGAUUGGAAAUAUAGCAAAGGAUCUUGGCCUCGGGACUGCCGCACUUUCCUCGCGUAAAGCUCGCAUUGACACCGACAGGAGUGGCAAGCAGUAUUGUGAUAUUAAUCUGAGCAGCGGAGAUUUGAUUGUGACUGACAGGAUCGACAGAGAGGGUCUUUGUGGUAAGAAGGCGACCUGUAUUUUAAAAGAGGAACUUGUACUGGAAAACCCUUUAGAGCUUCAUCGUAUCAGUAUUCAUGUGCAAGACAUAAACGACAACACCCCACAGUUUAGUGAAGAGUUGAUUUCAUUUGAAAUGAGAGAAUCAGCUGACAAAGGAGCGAAAUUCUUACUCACUGAAGCCCAUGAUGCAGAUAUCGGUACAAAUACAGUGCAACACUACAAUUUACAAAAUAAUGAACAUUUCACUAUUAAUGUGGAAACAGACGGUAGCGGUCGUAAACACUCCGAGCUGGUUUUAGUUAAAGAAUUAGAUCGAGAACAAGAGAACGAUCUAAAAUUGGUGCUUACGGCUGUAGAUGGUGGUUCUCCGAGGAGAUCGGGCACUGCGAUCGUUCACAUCACUGUGCUGGAUGCUAAUGAUAACGCACCAGUGUUUCAUCAGGCCGUUUAUAAAGCCAGUCUGCCUGAAAACGCACCGCUCGAUACAAUAGUUAUUGCAGUGAGCGCAACUGAUGCGGACGCGGGGCAGAAUGGUGACAUCACAUACAGUUUUGAUCAUGUGUCUGAUGACCAUGCCACUUUAUUCUCACUUGACCAGAAGACUGGAGAGAUACGAGUCAUCGGGUCUAUUGAUUAUGAGACUGAGACGUCUAUUGAACUACGGAUAAGAGCAAAAGACGGACCAGGUCUUACGUCAUAUUGUACAAUAAUUAUAGACGUAACAGAUGUCAAUGAUAACCCACCUGCUAUCAGUUUAAAGGCACUGAGUAAUCCCAUACCUGAGAACGUGUCACCUGGUUCAGAGGUGGGCAUCAUUAACGUGCAGGACAGAGACUCUGAGAAUAACAGACAGGUUCGCUGCUCCAUUCAACAAAAUGUCCCUUUUAAGUUAGUUCCUUCUAUUAAAAACUAUUAUUCUCUGGUGACCACAGGACAACUGGACCGUGAACUAGUGUCAGAUUACAACAUUACAAUAACAAGCAGUGAUUCUCCACCCUUCAGUGUAAUCGACUUUGAAGCCUGA